CAAUGGGAGAAGGAGCGUCCCAGAACGCGAGCCAUGCACCUUUUGCUGGUAACUCCAACGUUCACCACUGCAUGAGUGCCAUGUGACAACUUCUUUCAAAGAUGCACUGCUGCAGUGUGAUGCCAGUCGGCCGCCUCGCGAUCGUUUAUCAAACACCAAACAAAUAUUGACACGGCUGACUCAUCCUUCAAUACUUUUGCCCUUGCGCUGCAACUUCUGACUGCACUUCAUCAACAUGACAACUCCAACGAACACAGACGUCUUUGAAGAUGUCUUGAAUCUAGAAGACCGGUACUGUCAGGAAGGCUACGAUCUCGGCGUCGCAGAUGGCGCCAAAUCCGGACGAAUCGAAGGCCGUACUUUCGGCCUCGAGAAAGGUUUCGAAAAGUUCCUCGAGAUGGGCAAGCUGAAUGGGAGAGCCGCUGUCUGGGAAGCGAGAUUAUCGUCUUCAAGGAAACCAGACGAUACUUCGGCGUCUUCGAAAAAUUCGGUCAUGCCGCCACUCAACGGUAACGAGCGAUUGCGAAAGCAUGUCGAGAGACUUGCGGCGCUCAGUGAUCCGAAUGGCUUGAGCACGAAGAAUGAUGAGAAUGAUGUUAGCGAGUUCGACGAUCGCCUGAAGGACGCAAAGGCGAAGGCAACUCUGAUUGCCCGUAUUGUGGGUGAAGAUGAUGCUGUCCCAAGGGACACAGAGGAGGUUCAAGGCAGUACUUCGAGAGGGAAAGCACUAAGAGUUAGGCGAAAUGUGAAUGAGGAUGGUGUUGCCGGGAGGAGGACAGGAGAGAUGGAGGAUUUCAUGGGGCUACCCAGCAGAACGUGAGAGAAUCGGGAUCGCUGGCAGGCCUUUCGUGAACGCCGACUUGACGAUGAAUUCUCCAGGCACAACUAGUGCUAUCAAGUUCGCAAGAAAUCGUUUUGGCAAGAGGUCUUCUCCCUUGACUGUUACGAGGCAUGGGUGACAGAACUCUUCGCCUUCACAGAAUCACGACAGUAAACGCUUUGCAGAAAAACGAGUGGCCAUAAACCCCCAAGGCUAAGCCUUCUAGCAUCAAUCUGUCAAACUACAAUACAAAAUCGAAGACGCAGUUCACGAAAAC